UGCGCGCAACACCAAUUCCUCCUCCUCCUCCUCAUCAUCAUCUUCAUCUUCUUCUCCUCCUCCUCCUCCUCCUCCCUCUUCUCCCCUCCUGAUGCCACCGAGGUCAUCUUCGGAUUGAUUUCCCACACGUGAGUUUUUUGGUUUGUUUUCCCGCGGACGGACGGACGGACGGAGAUGUCCGAGGGCGCGGAGAGGAUUCCUUCGUCCGCCGCGGACACGAGCAGCGCGGCCCGCCAACAUUAAUUGGAGGAGAAGAAGGAUCGUCAGAAAGUCCCGCGGCUCGCUGACCCCCCCCUUGACCCCCCCAGUGUGAUCGCGGGAAGAUGGCGCACCUGAUCCGCCACAAGCUGACCAACAAGCUGACCAACGCGGCCCACACGGUGUCCAACAAGUCCCAGGCCAAGGUCAGCGGCGUGUUCGCCCGCCUGGGCUUCCAGGCCGCCACGGACGAGGAAGGCCUGGGCUUCGCCGAGUGCGACGACCUGGACUAUGACUACCGGCAGGGCGUGCAGAUGGACGUCCUGCAGGCCGGGGACGACUACGGCCCGCUGGGCGGAGAAGGAGGCCCGGAGGCCGGGGACAGUCGCUACCAGCGGGACGCCACCGGGGCCCUCAAGAGCGCGGGCUCCGUGGACGAGGACAAGCCCAAGAUCACGUCGUGGGAGGCCGGCUGGAACGUCACCAACGCCAUCCAGGGCAUGUUUGUCCUGGGCCUGCCGUACGCCAUCUUGCACGGCGGCUACCUGGGCCUGUUCCUCAUCAUCUUCGCGGCGGUGGUGUGCUGCUACACGGGCAAGAUCCUCAUCGCCUGCCUGUACGAGGAGAACGAGGACGGCGUGCUGGUGCGCGUGCGUGACUCCUACGUGGAUGUGGCCAACGCCUGCUGUGCCCCGCGCUUCCCGGCGCUGGGCGGCCACGUGGUCAACGUGGCGCAGAUCAUCGAGCUGGUGAUGACGUGCAUCCUGUACGUGGUGGUGAGCGGCAACCUGAUGUACAACAGCUUCCCCGGCCUGCCCGUCUCGCAGAAGGCCUGGUCGGUGGUGGCCACGGCGGCGCUCCUGCCUUGCGCCUUCCUGAAGAACCUGAAGGCCGUGUCCAAGUUCAGCCUGCUGUGCACGGUGGCGCACGUGAUCAUCAACGUGCUGGUCAUCGCCUACUGCCUGUCGCGCGCCCGCGAGUGGGCCUGGGAGAAGGUGAAGUUCUACAUCGACGUGAAGAAGUUCCCCAUCUCCAUCGGCAUCAUCGUCUUCAGCUACACGUCUCAGAUCUUCCUGCCAUCGCUGGAGGGCAACAUGCAGCGGCCCGCAGAGUUCCACUGCAUGAUGGAGUGGACUCACAUCGCCGCCUGCGUCCUCAAGGGCCUCUUCGCCCUGGUGGCCUACCUGACGUGGGCCGACGCCACCAAAGAAGUAAUCACGGAUAACCUGCCCUCCGCCAUCCGCGCCGUGGUCAACAUCUUCCUGGUGGCCAAGGCGCUGCUCUCCUACCCGCUGCCUUUCUUCGCUGCCGUGGAGGUCCUGGAGAAGUCGCUGUUCCAGGACGGCGGGCGAGCCUUGUUCCCCGACUGCUACGGGCCGGGAGGUCAGCUCAAGUCCUGGGGUCUCGGCCUGCGCGUGGCCCUGGUGGUGUUCACGCUGCUCAUGGCCGUCUUCGUGCCGCACUUCGCCCUGCUCAUGGGCCUGACGGGCAGCCUGACGGGCGCCGGCCUCUGCUUCCUCCUGCCCAGCCUCUUCCACCUCAAGCUGCAGUGGAGGAACCUGCUGUGGCACCACGUCUUCUUCGACGUCGCCAUCUUUGUCAUCGGCGGCAUCUGCGCCGUGUCGGGUCUCAUCCACUCCAUCGAGGGCCUCAUAGAAGCCUUCAGGUACAACAUCCAGGACUGACGGCGCCGUCCCCUUUUUCCACCUUCCCCUGCUGGGGAGGAAGAAAACCAUGUUGUGUCAAUCUUUUUAUUUUGCCUUUGGUCGUGACGUACAAUCAGAAACUCUACAACUCAUUUUGGACGCCUGAACUCCAGUCCUGUCUUUAUGUCUUCCUCUUUGGACUGCGGGCCUCAACUGCUCACUUGCAACCUCCUGUCACUUACCUGCAACCCCCUGUCAUUUCUUGUCAUUUACCUGAGCCGCUACUCAUAUGUACACAACAGUACAGUAGGAUCUACAGUCUGCCCACACAUAAACAAAACCUAAACCAUCUGUUCCAGUUCCAGGGUCCAAAUGCGACCACCUUCUUAAACAACAUUUAAAAUUGUUUUGUCAAUUUUGGCUAGCAUUUCCUGAUGAAACCCUGACUGGGAAUCGGGCCACUACCCUCAGGAAUCGGGCCACUACCCUCGGAAAACAAACAGCUACCCUCGGAAAUCGGACCGCUACCCUUGGGAAUUGGACCGCUACCCUCGGGAAUCAAACCAUUACCCUCAACAGGCCCAACAAUUAUAACAAGUUUGUUGCAAGAGGGAAGGGUUUUUAAAGUUCCACCAUGGUCGCAUUCUGGUCCUGGACACAAAAAAAUAUUUCUUGUUUAUGUUUGGAAUUGUAUUUCUACCAAGUGGUCCAUUUGAGUCCAGUUGGGUCCCUUUGAGUCCAGUUGAUUCAAAUGGGUUCCAAUUGGGUCCAGUGGGUUCCAUUUGGGUGCAGUUGUAUCCAGUUGGUUCCAGUUGAGUCUUGUUGGGCCCAGUUGGUUCCAGUUGGGUUUAGUCAGAUCCAGUUGAAUCUAGUUGGGUCAAGUGGGUUCAAGUUGGGUCUAAUUGGGUCCUGUUGGUUCCAGUUGAGUUGAGUUGGUUCCAGUUGAUCCUAGUUCGGUUCAUUUGAAUCUUGUUGAUUCAAAUGGGUUCCAAUUGGGUCCAGUGGGUUCCAUUUGGGUGCAGUUGUAUCCAGUUGGUUCCAGUUGAGUCUUUUUUGGCCCAGUUGGUUCCAGUUGGGUUUAGUUAGAUCCAGUUGAAUCUAGUUUGGUCAAGUGGGUUCAAGUUGGGUCUAAUUGGGUCCAGUUGGUUCCAGUUGAGUUUAGUUGGUUUGGUCAAGUUGGGUUCAUUUGGGUCCAGUUGAUUCAAGUGGGCUUCAUUUGGGUUCAGUUGAGUCAACUGGGUUCCAAAUGGGUCCAGUUGGUUCCACUUGGGUCCAGUUGUAUCCAGUUGAGUCAAGUUGGGUCCAGUUGAGUCUAGUUAGAUCCAGUUGAGUCUAGUUGGGUCAAGUGAGUUCCAGUUGGGUCAGGGGGGUUCCAGUUGAGUCUAAUAGGCUCCAGUUGGCUCCAGUUCGAUCCAGUUGGUUCCAGUUGAGUUCAGUUACUUUCAGUGGGUUCCAGUUGAGUCCAGUUGGGUCCAUUUGGGUGGAGUUUGUAACCUAAAAUGUGUGAAGUUGCUGUGCUAAAAGUCAGAAAGAGUUGUGUUACAAAAGUGAUGUUUUGGAAAGCAUUUGUGAAGAAGAGUUAUUGCUUCCUGGUUCAUGUCACAUGACAGGUACAACAAUGCUCAGGCGUGCAUGAGAAAGUCCAUGGUCACGUCGUAUGAAGGGCACAUGUUGUAAGAGCAGAGUGCAAAGUGCCGAGUCAGCAUGAAGUGAGGUGAGAGACGAGUACAGUAAGUACAGUAAGAGUGGUUGACAUUGACAACGCAUACAGAGUUCAUUACUUCUUGUUAUUAUUGUUAUUCUGAUGAAAGGUGGUUGCUGCUUUGUUUGUCUGCGUGCUCGUGACUGAAGUGGAUCUCAAACCUUUGAAAAGUGAUGUUUUCUCCCUGUG